UAAGUGUAAAUGGGAGUGUCUGAAAGUGAAAGGGAGAACUGAAUGAAACAGAAAAGAUGAGCUCUGCCUCUGUGGAAGCAACCCGAGCAGACGGAGCAAUAGACUAUUAUUGUCGUCAACACAUUUAGCCGCCGCAUAGGAUAUGUCGACAGGCAGCUAUUAUUUGUCCUUUGCAUAUGCAUUUUUUUGUAUCGAUUUGUGUUAGUGAUUUCAUUGUCCGGUUUAAAUUCUAACGCUUUAUUUUAGCAUGAGUCCAGGAGAACGGUUAACCCGAUUUAAUCUGAGUUGUGUAUAUUCCCGUCUGAGUCUGUAUUUGAUUGUCGUUAUAUGCUGUGUUGGGUCUUUUGUAUCCGAUCAAAACGCUGCUGCCGAGGAGCAGAGAUCGAGCCCUCGGGAGAACAACCACAGAAUAGAACACCUAGAGAGCUAUGAGAUUACAUAUCCACACUGGCUGCAGCCUGCAAGACACAGGAGGUCCAUCCAUGGAGACAAGCAGCACCCGUCUGAGGCAGAGGUCCUCAUCACAGCUGAGGGAGAGGAGAUGACCCUCCGUCUGCACAGGAAUGAGCAGUUAUUGGCCCCCGGAUAUCAGGAGAUAUGGUACAGUCCCAGCGGUUCCCGCCAGACCUCCUAUCCACCCAGCACUGGCCACUGUUUCUACCACGGUGACGUCCGGGGUGUGGAGGGGUCCAGUGUAGCACUCAGCACCUGCUCAGGUCUCAGGGGACUGGUUACAGUGAACACCAGUGUCAGCUACCUGAUAGAACCCCUGCCCGCUGUCACCAUGGAUACACAGCCUCCUCACGCCGUGUUCCGAGCCGAGAACCUCCGUUUGCCCAACAGAACCUGCGGGCAACGGCAUAGCAACCAAGGCCAGGGGGAGGGGCUGGGUGACCUCAUCCAGGGAAUGAUGUCACCGUGGGGCAGAAGGGAGCGGAGAGAUGUGGGCCAGAGUAUGAAGUAUGUAGAGCUGCUGCUGGUAGCUGACCAUGCUGAGUUUCAGAAGCACGGCGGGGACUUAAAAAGGACGAAAAGGAAACUGCUGGAGGCGGCUAACUACGUAGACAAGUACUACAAGUCUCUAAGUAUUCGUGUGGCAGUGAUCGGUCUGGAGGUGUGGUCUGAUCAGGACAGGAUCAGUGUGUCUGGUAACCCCUACAGUACCCUGGGAGCGUUCCUGGCUUGGAGACGCAAACAGCUACACACACUACCUAACGACAACGCUCAACUCAUCACGGGCGUGGCGUUUCAGGGCACCACCAUUGGGCUGGCCCCUCUCAGAGCCAUGUGCUCAGAGUACCAGUCAGGGGGAGUCAACUCAGACCACUCUGACAGUGCUGUGGGCGUGGCAGCGACUAUGGCCCACGAGAUGGGGCAUAACUUUGGCAUGAGCCACGACAGCCCUGGGUGCUGCCAGGCCAAGGCUGAUGAUGGAGGCUGCAUCAUGGCUGCUGCCACUGGCCACCCAUUCCCACGUGUGUUUAAUGGCUGUAACCACCGGGAGCUGAGCAGGUAUCUGAGCUCUGGAGGGGGGAAGUGUCUGUUCAACCUCCCCAACACCAGAGCCAUGCACGGGGGGCAGCGCUGUGGGAACGGGUACCUGGAGGAUGGAGAGGAGUGUGACUGUGGAGAUGAGGAGGAGUGUUCCAGUCCCUGCUGUAAUGCCAACAACUGUACUCUGAAGGCUGGAGCAGAGUGUUCCCACGGAGUCUGCUGUCACAACUGUAAGUUGAAGAGUCCAGGUGUGUUGUGUCGUACUCCAUCCGGGUCAUGUGACCUUCCUGAGUACUGUGAUGGGAAGGCGGAGUCUUGUCCUUCUAACUUAUACCUGGUGGAUGGUACUUCCUGUGCAGGGGGGCAGGCCUACUGCUACACCGGCAUGUGUCUCACCCUGGAGCAGCAGUGUCAAUCACUCUGGGGGCGGGAUGGCCGUGCUGCUCCAGACCUGUGCUUUCAGAAGGUGAACGAGGCAGGAGACUCCUUUGGGAACUGUGGCAAAGACCUGCUGGGUAAAUACAGAGGAUGCAGAGACAGGGAUGCUAGAUGUGGUAAGAUCCAGUGUGUGAGUUCAGCCUCCAAGCCCCUGGAGACCAACGCUGUUCCCAUUGACACCACGGUCCGGGUGGGGAAUGGGAAGAUCCUCUGUAGGGGGACACACGUUUACCGACCAGGCCAGGGGGACGAGGAACAGGGGGACACACUGGACCCGGGACUGGUCAUGACUGGGACCAAAUGUGGAGAGGACUCGAUCUGUUUCGGAGGAGAGUGCCGCAACGCGUCUUUCCUGAGAGCGGAUGAGUGCAAUGCCAAGUGCCACGGCCAUGGGCUGUGUAACAACAAUCACCACUGCCACUGUGACUCAGGCUGGGCCCCUCCCCUGUGUGACCAGGAGGGGACAGGAGGGAGUGUCGACAGUGGCCCUGUCAUUAACCACAGCAGUAUACGUCCUGUCCUGUUGCUCCUCCCCUUGGUUCUCUUUGUCCUAUUGGCUGCUGUGGGACUGUGGUGCUGCUACAGCCAUAAACUACAUAAAAACGUUCCUCUGAAGACCUCGGUCCCAGCACCCAAGACAAUUUGUCCAGUCAGAUGUUCAGUCCCUGCUGAAGCCAAACAUCUACAAGCCAACAGUCUUGCCAAUGGUCACCUUGCCAACAGUCUUGCGAACAGCCAUGGCAACCCUACCUUCCUACUGACGAGACAUGGCUCAGACAGGCUGAGUCCGUCAACACCUUGUCCCAGCCUCUCCACCAGGCACCCUGUCUUCUGUCCCACAGUUCAACCCCCUCCUUACAUAGCCCAGCAGAGACAGGCUCUAUCCCAGCCACAAUCCUCUCUCCAGCCCCAGCCCCAACCCUCCCUCCAGCCCCAGCCCCAACCCUCCCUCCAGCCCAAGCCCCAACCAUCCCUCCAGCCCAAGCCCCAACCCUUC